AUGCUUGUUAAAGAUGGGAAAUCGAAUAGAUUUUUGAGAAUAAAGGAUCACCGAUCGUUGUCAUAUGCGCGUUUAUUCCUUAUUUUACACUGUAUUUUAGUUUGCUUGAUUAUAAUCCUUCAGGUUUUCGCCUUUCCGUUCCAAAUUAUUACGCAUGGUAGCACAUUGACUCUAUGGGUUUUCUAUGUGCAUAUAUGUUUAUUUAUUGCAUCGCAGUUUGUUUUAUUUAAGGCGUUAAGAAAGAGUAUAUCAAUUAAAGUCUAUUCUUUGUUAGCGUCUUAUGCGUUUAUCUCAUCUAUUAUUACAGUAUUCUGCUUUUGGGUUAUGUUUCAUAUUAUUCAACAGAGUGCCGAUGAAUACUUCAUAACUGUCAUAACUAAUACUCAUAUUGAUGUGACAGAAAGAAUAGUAGUUAUCUCUGUGGUUUCUUUUAUAUGUUCAUUAUUUUCGUCUAUACUUAUGACUUCUUCCCUAUUAUUUUACAAACACAGUUAUACGGAACAUGGCAGACUAAAGCGUUGGCUUAAACAUGAUACGGUAAAAAAUAAUCUCCUGUUGAUGAACAAUAAUGAUAAACAUAUAUUCGAAUGUUUUGAUACUCCUUCUAGUUCAGACGAUGGCCCAAAAAAAUUGGAAGUUAUUCUACCUUCACCGUAA